UGGAAACCGAAAUAUGCUGAUGGCGCCUGCUCACAACGUGGUCAUCCUGGGCGGCGGCAUCUCUGGUCUGACGCUGGCCUACUUCCUGCGCCAGGCGCUGCCAAAGGCCGUCGCCGACAGCACGCGUAUCCGCGUGCUGGACGCCAGCACCACACCAGGCGGCUGGGUGCAGACUGCCAAGCGUGGGGGGUUUCUGUUUGAAGAAGGGCCCAGGGGCUUCCGGCCGUCGCGCAAUGGUACCGAGAUGUUGCGACUCAUCGAGCAAUUGAAUUUGCAGGACUGUAUGCAGGCUGUGGACCCGGCAGCACAGGCGCGCUACAUCUUGCGUGACGGAAACGUGGAGAAGCUGCCAACGUCGCUGCUGGAGGUGCUACAUUGGCCGCUGUCGCUAGACGUUGCCCGUGCGGCAUUGCACGAGAUGUUCGUCAAGUCAGGAACCGUCGAGGACGAGUCAAUAUACAAGUUUAUAUCCAGGAGGUUUAGCCCUUUGGUGGCUGAAAGGCUACUGGACCCCAUGGCUUCUGGCAUCUUCGGCGGUGACAUCAGGAAGCUCUCCAUACGCUCGUGCUUCCCCAUGCUGUUGGACUUGGAGAAGAAACACGGGUCAGUGGUGAAGGGCGUGCUCUUCGGUGGCUUCAAGACGGUCGACAAGCUGCUGGACGGCACUAAUAAGUCGGAAUUCGUCAAGAAACACGAGAAGUCUGUCAGUGUCUCCUUCAGCGACGACAGUAUCGAGAACAACCCGAUGGCCGAUCUACAGCUAAACACAAAGGUGACGAGACUGGAGGUUCAUGGACUUAAUAGCGCUUCGGCCAAAGGGACGCGCUUUGUGGUGGAGAGCAAGGAUCCUACGUCUGGGGAGAUCCGGGAACCAAUUCGAGCCUCACACUUGUUCUCUACGAUUCCAGCAUGUUAUUUGGCCCCAGUAGUAAAGGAUACAGCGGCAGGCUUGGCUGAGGCACUGAAUGAGAUCAAGUUCGUGGACAUGGGCAUGGUGCAUGUUGGGUACAACGAGAAUGUGCUGACAACUGAUGGAUUCGGCUACCUGAUUCCAUCUUCAGAGCAUGAGAAGAAUGAGCGCAAGAUGCAGACGCGUCUGAGUGUCAUGAGCGGCGGCGCGCACUUCCGUGAUGUGGCAUCGCAACCCGAAGGAGAGCUUGAACGCUACGCCCUAGAUGCGUUAAAGCGGCACCUCGGCAUCACGCAGAAACCCGACUACGUGCGUGCUAUGGCCAUGACGAACGGAAUCCCUCAAUACCACGUGGGCUUUGGUCAGACUCUGCAGCGUAUUGAGAAGCAGAUUGCUCGCAACGCCCCGGUCUCGAGCUCAGGCGGCUCGUACCGCAAGGGCGUCUAUCGAGCACCUUCCAAACCGGCAAAUACUAGCAGCACUAUUAACGACCAGAACCCAACAGAAGGCAGCCAUCUCAUUAGUGGCAGUGAACGUGUCAAGUUUCAUCGAAGACCAGUGUUACCACGUCUACAAGCAGAGCCACCGGAAGUGCUACUGGCGCCUACAUACGUUGUCCCCACACUGCCACUCAAACAUCGAGAUGUAAAAGAAUUGAAUUCUCCCCAUGUAGCUGCUGAAGUUCUCGAAGGAGCCACGCGGUCUGUGAGCAUUCAGACAAUCUAUCGUGACUCGGAAGCGCAGACAGAUCCAUACACACCUGACUAUACCAUCCAGAAGACUGCUACCGGUAUUCCACCAGAGAUAGAGGCACUCGUGGGGUUGAAAUAUGCUCGCGGACAGCUUCCAAUUGGUCACGCUGAGCUGGAACUCAUUGAGCGCAACCGCAACAAACGCGCUUUCGAGACAUCUUUACCUCCUAUGACGGACGAAGCCAGCUUGUUGCUGCGUAAGGCCAUGCUGGAAGCUCAGGAGACGCGUGAAUGGGCAUAUCGUGAAGCUGAGAUCGAUGCAUUCCAUGAUCAACGUGCGGAUCUGCUACAACAAGCACUGGCAGAGCGAGAAAAGGAGAACGCUUUUCUUUCGGAGCAACGACUCGAAGCACUUCGUCAACGCCUGCUUCACGAAAAAGAAAAUGCACUUGAGGCUAUUCAACAGGAGCGGGUAACAGCACUGAGAAAAUUGACCAAGAAACGAGUUGAGAGGCAACACGAACGCGGAUUCGGAACGCCAAAGCCAGAACGAGGACGUGACUUCAUUGCUGAAUAUGCCAACUUCGGUUCCCAAGUGUAUGCUCCUAUCACACGUGAUGGAAAGGCCGGUAAGGUGAAAGUUCGUGAAUCGGGCAUCGGGAAGCCUCGAUUCCUGCAGUUUGAUGCUUUGCGCGAGCUCGAGAGCGCCUUGCCUGCACAAAUGGUACAACCUACUGCCGUCCAAAAUAUGAUGUUCGAAGGCAAGGAGAGACGUGAUGAGCUUAUCGCUGAACUUCGUGCAGCGGACGAUCAGCUGGUGCUACAACGCCGCAAUGAGCUCGCCCUCCUCCCAGGAUCUGGUGCUGAGGGGAUUGAUCGUGUGGCCAACGCAGCGAAAACACGUGUGGAGGGUGAAGUUGUGUCUGAAAUGUUCGACUUUUUGUCGAAAGAGCUCUCUCGAUCGCGUGAAAUGGCCAAGAUGCCGCUGGUGUGGAUGGAAUUGUGCUGCAUCUGGAAGAUGAACUAG